GUCAGAACCACAACAGCGAUGGCUGCGUCGCGGGGAGGCUGCCGCGCGACCCCACUUUUCCGCCUUUCCUGCUGCCUGCUGCUGUCCCUCUUCCUCGUCGAGGUGUGCGAUGGCUCGAGGGCCAGCCCGGCCUCCUCCUCGAGCCGACUGAUAAGGGUGAGGCGGAAGGCGGAGCAGGAGAAGCCCUGGGAAGUGGCGGCUGGCGAGGGUCGGGGGCGGGCGGCGGCUGACACUUCUGCUGCUGACACUCGCAGCAGAGUCAGCAGGGCCGCUGACACCGAUGGCACUCAAGGCUCAGCUCAUCCUUCAGUCGCUGUGUAUAAAUUGAUGAAUGACAGUCAUCACCAGUUGAUCAUAAACUGGGCUGGAGAGGGAAGUAAAGUAGUUGUGUGUAUGACACGCGACUCAGUCCAGGAUGAAUCAUCAACCUCGAAUGUAUACGUGUCCUACGACUAUGGAACGACAUUUCAGGAAAAGACGAGCAAUUUCCGAAAAGCUUCACAAAAGCCAGCUAUCAUUAACAAGAUGUACAAGAAUGAUAAAUUCACCUCAGUGUUUGUGUUUACGGAUGUCAUCAACAAAAUCAUCUACGCGACCAGAGACUACUGCCAGAAUGUGACAUCUCACGAGGUUAUGUUCACACCCUCGGAAGUAAGCCAUCAUCCGCUAAAUGCAGAGGUUCUUCUUGUCUACGACAUUGAAGAUGAAGAGCGACGGUUGUGGAUUAGUGAAGACUUUGGCGGAGAAUGGAGGGUGAUUGAACGGUACGUCAAGACAUACUACUGGUCUGAGAUGACAUCACCACCUACCCUUUACAUUGUGCGUGAGGAACCUACAGGAGGAGCUACAGUCUUGUCUUCACAGAUGCUGUUUAGAGAGGGCCUCACACCCAACACAGUCAUCAGUGGGGUGGAAGAUUUCGAAGUUAAGGAUGAGUUUCUCUUCGCCAUCAAGAGAGUGCAUCUCUUGGGAUCCCAUACCAUUGGUGCAACGCUUCAGAUGUGGAUAUCUUAUCGUGGUGGACCCUUCUUAGCUGCCGAGUUCCCCAAUAGCCUUACACACCAGCACUAUUACAUUGCAGACAUCUCAGAAGGACAGAUAAUGGUAUGUGUGGCUCAUGAUGAGAUUCUGUCAAACCUGUAUGUCUCGUCGGUGCCAAGAUCUGCCAACCACCAAGUCAACUUCUCGCUCUCUUUGGAACGGAUCUUGUACUUCAACCCUUCGACCAACUGGGUUGAUACAUGGCUCAGUGAAGUGGCAUCGGAAACAUUUGCCGACUUGCAUCCAGUAGAGGGCAUACGUGGAGUGUUCAUUGCCUCACAACUUGUGUCAGACUUUAGCAAAAUCCCGAGCAGACUCCGUCCAGAACACCUGUCGUCUCUCAUCACAUUCAAUCAGGGUGCUCAGUGGAAGCCUUUGCAACCUCCACAGAAGGAUGCAUAUGGCAAUACAAUCAACUGCAAAAGGGAAAGUAACUGUUCCUUGCACGUAAGUCAGGAACUGAGUCACCUAUACCCAUCGACUCAUGACUUGCCGGUACUCAGUAAGAAGAGCGCACCAGGUCUUAUAAUUGCUACAGGUACAAUUGGAGCUUCACUGAAGGGCCACCCUGCACUUUACCUGUCAUCAGAUGCUGGUAUUAAUUGGUUUGAGGUUUUGAAAGGCAAUUACCUCUAUACAUUUGGGGAUCAUGGAGGAGUCAUUGUGGCUGUGCAGAUGUACAAAGCUGGAGGUGAGACCAAUGAGCUGAAUUAUUCGACUGAUGAUGGCGAGACGUGGCAGACCCUUCAGUUCUUCCAAGAGAAAUUACGUAUAUUUGCUCUCCUGACUGAACCUGGGGAGAACACAACCAUAUUUACACUCUUUGGUUCAAGAGUAGAACAUGAACACCAGUGGAUCAUUAUCAAGGUGGAUAUGGCAUCAGUGUUCAGGUACUCAUGCAAGCCAGAAGACUACAAAACAUGGUCGCCCUCGGAUGGUCGAAGUGGAAGGCUUUGUCUCCUUGGAAGGAAGGAGGUAUACGAGCGAAGAAUCGGCCACUCAAAUUGCUACAAUGGCAAGAAUUAUGACAGGCCAAUUUCAGUGGAGAACUGUCCUUGCAACCGAGAAGAUUUUGAAUGUGAUUAUGGCUACAAGGAUAAUAUGGGAACGCAGAUAUGCACUGUGGACAGCAGCUUCAAUUUUGAUCCCCAUGCGGUCCCUCUCAGCUGCAAGCCAGGAGAGUUCUAUAACAGGACAAAAGGCUAUCGUAAAAUUCCUGGCGACACGUGUGAAGGUGGUCGAGACUACAUGUACCUACCAACCAUCACUGCCUGCCCUGUGUCGAAAGAGCAGGAAUUUUUGUUAGUGUCAGCACGGCAGGAAAUUCUGCGGUACAACUUGGUAGAUCCUGGUGCUGGUCUUCGUCCCCUGCCGAUACCAAAUUUGAAGAUGGUCAUUGCCUUAGAUUUUGACAUGAAGAAUAAUUGCAUUUAUUGGUCAGAUAUCAAUGAAGAUAACUUGGGCAUUAAGCGGUUGUGCUUCGAUGGACACUCUGAUGUGGAAGUCCUAGUUGACACGGAUCUCCAGAGUGUGGAAGGACUUUCUUUCGAUUGGAUUUCAAAUAACCUCUACUUUGUCGACGGAGAGCUCAAGUCUGUAGAGGUUAUAAGGACCAACAUCCACAACUACGGAAGGAUGAGAAGGUCUCUGCUUACAGACAAAGACCUAGAUAAUCCAAGGGGCAUUGCUGUUCAUCCUAUCCGAGGGUAUUUAUACAUUACCGAUUGGUCUGAAACAAACCCCAAAGUUGCAAGAACAUACUUGGACGGCACAAAUUGGAAGGUUCUCUUUGAUCACACGGUUGUGGGUUGGCCCAAUGGCAUCACAAUAGACUUCCAGACGGAACGCAUCUUCUUCGCUGAUGCCAAGCUAGAUUACAUAGCCUCUGCUGACUUAGACGGACAGUCCAUGAGGAAAAUAAUAUCUGAUAGUGAUAAGGUUAUUCAGCCAUUCGCUGUUGGCGUAUACAAAUCGCUCCUCUUCUGGGAUGAUUGGCAGGUGCAUCAGGUUCUGCAGGCUGACAAAAAUUUUGGCUGGGGCAUUUCCACAGUUGGCAAUAUGAGCCGGAGUGGGCUGGUUGACCUGAAAGUAUUUGGCCAUUGGUCGCAACAGGGGUCUAAUGCUUGCACAAAUAAUACACAGUGCCCAUACCUCUGCAUGGGUCGUCCAAAUAACCAGUUUGCUUGCCUGUGUCCUCAAGGCAUGAAGAUCACCCGAAAAGGAUUAAUUGAGACAUGUUCUUGUCCCGAUGGCUCACCGAUUUUGAGUGAUGGUACCUGCAAGGCGGAGGAGAACACCUGCCCACACAACUUCUUCAAGUGCAACUCGGGCAGGUGCAUUCCGAAGCAGUGGGUGUGCGACUCCGACAACGAUUGUGGCGACAACUCAGAUGAGGAUGGGAAGGAAUGUGGCCACAAGUCAUGUGAACCACCAUCCUGGCAGUGUAAAAAUGGCCAGUGCAUCGCACAGAGCUGGCGCUGUGACUUCGACAACGACUGCGGCGACCACUCGGACGAGGACGGUUGCCAGUAUGCGGAAUGCCCGGAAAGCACUUUCAAGUGUGCAAAUGGCCGGUGCAUUGAGCCCCACUGGAGAUGCGACAUGGAAAACGAUUGCCGUGAUGGUUCAGAUGAAGUUAAUUGCACCUCGUCAGCAAAACCAGGAUGCAGAGGAAGAAUCAUUGACAGAAACAACAGUGAAGACUUCACCUGUGCCAGUGAUGGAAGAUGUUUGCCAAACUCUUGGCGAUGCGAUGGUGACAAGGACUGUGGUGACGGCUCAGAUGAGAGCAACUGCAUGGACUACACGUGCGAGAAGUGGCAGUUCCAGUGCAAGAGUCAGCAGUGCAUCUUCAAGACAUGGGUAUGUGACGGAGAGUCUGACUGCCAGGAUGGGUCAGAUGAGACCAACUGCGAGAACGUUACAACCAGCACCAUUGAGCCGUUUGUACCGACAGUACCCUCCUUCCCCACGUCAAACCAGAGUUGCUCGGCGCUCAUGUUCCGUUGUGAGAACCUGCGUUGCAUCCCAUUCUGGUGGAAGUGUGAUGGCUUAGAUGACUGCGGUGAUGGCUCUGAUGAGGAGGGUUGCGCAAUGCCUCAUGUUAACGACACUGUUAUUAAACCUGCGACGCCUGUACCCCGACCAUCAACCUGUCCCUUGGAUCAGUUCCAGUGUAGCAGCGGUGAGUGCAUUUGGGAAACGUGGGUGUGCGACAAGGACAACGACUGCCCUGACGGUGAGGACGAAAAGAACUGCCACCAGUUUAACACUUGCAGUCUGCAGUCCGAGUUCAAGUGCAGGUACUCGGGUGGAUGCAUAUCAAGUGGCUUGAGGUGUGAUAGCAAGGAGGACUGUGCUGAUGGAUCGGAUGAAGAAGGGUGUCAGUCGUUGAAGCCCGAGGUGACUCAAUGUCCAGAUGGAUUCUUCAUUUGUGACGGAGGUAGCUGCCUUGAGUUAUUCAAGCGCUGCAACGGAAAACAAGAUUGCGUGGACCUUAGCGAUGAGAAGAACUGUUCAACGGAUACGCAGGCAUACCAGGUGACAGAUCUCACAGUGAAAGAGUUGACUAACGUGUCUGUGAGUGUGAAGUGGAGUGUAAAUUUACCUGGAAACAUCGAAUACCAGCCGUCGAUCAUCGUUAAAGCAGCAUUAGGAAACCACAAUGCUUGGCAGAAUAAGACGUGGACUGAAAAUACAACGUACACAUUCUCUGGGCUAGAACCAUACACAGAAUACAUAGUGAAAGUGUACAUCCGCGAGAAAAACACAUCCAAGAUCUUCCCUCCAAGCAAGACCAAGAUCAUCCACACGGAACAAGGAAUUCCCAGCCCCCCCUUCAACGUUGAAGCAGAACAGAUCAGAUACGAUCUUGUGAUCACCUGGAUGCCCCCAAUUCAUCCCAAUGGACCUAUCAAUAUGUAUCAUGUGUAUAUGUUCCCUCCAAACCCAGCGCGUGAAAAACAGAUUUUAGGCAAUGUAACGACUUACACAGUCCCGUCGUCCUAUCUUGAAAAUGGAACGAUUGUGUGGGUGACGGUAACGAAUGGAGCCUACACAAGUGAAGCAAGUGAAAGGAAGAAGGUCAUCCUGCAGUCCACAGAAACUCAAGUGGCCAUUGCCAUAGACAGUAUGACCCCAACAAGUGCCAUCAUCUCCUGGGAUGCUGUGCCAGGCGUAGAUGGCUACAUGGUCUCGCAUAACCAGCCGGAGAAUAAAUUGCUCUCCGGUGAUGUAGUCGAGAACACCACGACAAAUCAGAUGCAUGUGCGAGGUCUUGCACCAGGACAAACGUACAUCUUCAAUGUAACUCCGUUCAAGGAUAAAAUCCUGUGGCCUGUGAGCCCCAUUGAAGUCAGAACUCCAGGUGAUGCAUUAAAAGAAGUCACAUCAUUGCAAGCACAAGUCGUGAAAGACAUUGGCACCACAGUUAAACUGACUUGGUCUGAACCACCUUAUAAAACUCGCAAGAUUGCCUGGGACUAUCGUGUAGUGUGGGGAAAGAGCCCCAGCGAGCUCAAGAACGGCAAGAAUGUUCAGCUGACCAAUGCCACGUCUAUCAUGAUCGACAAACUGGAUGCCUGCGAGACGUAUCACAUCGCUGUCAUGCUGGGAGGCCCCAUGGGGAUAGGGCCAGCGACAGUGAAACAGGUGCAGACACUCGCUGACCCGCUUUCACCACCCAAGAACUUGAAAGCCCAGAGAACGAGUCACGACAACAAGACCAUGGUGAUCACGUGGGAACCAGCCUGUCAGCAGCUUUUAGAAUACAAGUUGCAGUACCUGCUCACAGUCAGGGAUGUCCUCUUUAACAAGACUUCAUACUAUGAGCUCCCCAGUAAGAAGACUAUGAUCCAGACCCACACCAUUGAAUCACACUGGGGUGGCAAGUAUCUAAUCACCGUUCAGAAUUCGCAGCCCAGUGCCCGUCCAACUCCACCUGUUGUCAUUAAUGGUCCCAUGAUCCCCCCGCCAUAUGAGCUCACCUACAACCCAAGUGAUAACUCGUUCUUCUGGAAAAGGAGCAGGAAUUUCCCACAGGAAAUGACAAACCAGACUUCUUCCUAUGUCCUUUAUGUCUCAAAGAACAUGAACAUGAGUGAUGCUACUGCCCAUCCAUGCAGUACCCCUCCUGUAAAAGUGGAUAGCCUCUCACCUGGAGUCAUCUACUAUGCCACUGUGGCUUACAAAGAUGUUGAUGGGUAUCUGUCACCACAGUCACACCCCAUAAGGCUGGAGAAACCCAUAGGUGACAAAAUUGUGCUGUCACAAGGCAGUGUGGUUGGUGUCGGUAUAUCCGUGUUCCUGGUCGUGGUGGCGCUAAUUGUGGUUGUAGGGGUACUUGGAGUCAGACAUCGACGCUUAGCAAGGUCUUUCUUAACCUUUGCAAACACCCACUAUGAUCGCUCUCAAGGGACAACGCUCAUCACCACGGACCAUAACUUGGACGAAGAUGACGAUUCUCCCAUGAUCCGUGGAUUUUCCGACGACGAGCCCUUGGUGAUAGCCUGAUGUCGGCCUAGUCUGGCGUUUUUCGCUGCUGAAUCUUCCGCAGUGGCUCCACAGCAGGUUUGAGGACAAGAAGGGCAAAGAUGAAUUGUGAUAAGCUAUUUUUGUUACUUUAUUGUUUCACAUGUAUAUUACAAUUGUGAUGGAUGUAUUGGAUUAACACUAGUGAAGCUGGUUCUCUCGGUGAAAUCCUAAUAUGGUUUUAUUUAGUUCAUUGGAGGUGUGAGUAGUGUGAAUGUUAGGUGAAAGUUUUUAUUCUGAGACCUUUGGUAGUAACCCCAAAAUUAAAGAGCUAAGAGGUGUAUGUAAUUUUCUUUAGCUUUUUUUGUGCCGUAGAUUCACAAAUUCCAUUUUGGCAAAGCUGUUUUAUCAUUUUUCUUUUGAGAGAGAGAGAGAGAGAGAGAGAGAGAGAGAGAGAGAGAGAGAGAGAGAGAGAGAGAGAGAGAGAGAGAGCAGAAUUUUAUAGGUAUUGGCAAGAUCUCCAGGCAUUAUUUGCAUAAUCCAGUUGGUCUUGUGAUUUUAUUUAUGCAAACUUUUGGUCUCACAGUUAAGGUUGAUCAUAUAACCGGUUAUGAUUCUGUAAUAUAUGCACUUCACCCCCUUUAAAAAAUAUAUAACAUACUUGUGUUGUAUGUUAACGCUUUUCACAGAAUUUUUAAAAAGUAUAACACAUAUAUGACAAGAAGUUAGUAUUAAUGUGUUUUGGUAUGCAACAGGUCAGUGUUUCUUUAAGAUUAUAUACUAUAUUCAGACAUUCCCCAAAACUCUUCAUUGACAAUAACAAAUAAGUCAAAGUAAUUAUGAUGUCUCAUGUAAUUAUUAAGGCACACUAUAUGUAUAUCCUGAAUUAUGAAUGUCUAUUUAGUUAGUUCAGUGUUAUUGCAACAAGUUACCCCACAGUCCACAAUUCCACUGCUUAGCCUUCUCUUACGUUCAGUGCAUAUCACGGUUGCAGGUACCAAUUUAUAUGCAGUGAAUUCAGGACUCGGUGGCAUUUGUUCUCAAUGUCAGAGUUCAAAAGGGUAUCUUUUGAUUAGCUUUCAGGUCAAAUGUUUUUUAAGUUUUAUUUCCCCUGCCCCUUUUGACAUUUUUGAAGACUCCUUACUUUAGCCGUGAAGAUGAUACUUUUCUAGAAUUACAAAUUUGUAAAGAACAUAGUGUUAAGAAGUGUAGUGUGUUCCUUUUAUUUUCUGCUUGAGGCAAGUUUUUCCCGUGAAAUGUUGAUUCACUGAUUAUAAAGAGUAAGGAAUGUAUAAAGCGGUGAUAACGUUGUGAUAAAUAGAUUAUCUUAGCCUAAAGGUAAUGAGGAUAGUUCUAGGCGGCAUUACUGUUUGCUUUUUUCCAUUUCUCAUUCACUCUUGAGUAAAUGAAAAUCUUUUGUUUGGGUAAAUAUUUGCUAUUAUUUAUUUUCUUUUUUUGUGGAUUUCAUGUUAAGCAUUAGUAUUCCCUAAGAAGAAUUAUAUCAGUUUAAAUAAAAGGACAGAUAUUUUUUCCCUUUCAAUUUUCAACAAAUCAAGAAUGUGAAAGUAUGGAAGAAAAACCCACAAUACAAAACUAGAUUUAUUGGAAGUGAGACUACAGUUUUGAAAUCCACCUGGAUUCCAUCUUCAGAUCUGAAGAUGGAAUCCAGGUGGAUUUCGAAACUGUAGUCUCACUUUCAAUAAAUCUAGUUUUUGUAUUGUGGGUUUUUCUUCCAUUGUAUCAGCACGGAAGAGUGUUUUGCUAUUCAUGUGAAAGUAUGUCCAAAUAAAGAGAAAUUUGUUACUGUAUCAAUGGUAUUGGAAUUUGAAUAUGAAAUCUUGAAUAAAAGUUAUGUUAAAUGUUAGUAGUAUUAACAAUAAGGCAAUGUGCAAUUUAGAAUAUUUUAUUUUUGAAUUACACCCUUUAAGUUGCAAGAGUUACCUUGUUUUUUUUUCUCUCUGAUAAUUGGUAAUGGUACAUGUUAACUGUGCUCUCUAACUCUACAGUAUGUGCAAUGAGCCUGAGACACUUCCUUAAUAUAUAUAUAUAUAUAUA